GAGACCUCCAGACUUCAUUCACCUGGGAGUCGUCGGCAUGGAACGUUGGCAGAAUCGCGUGGCCGUGGUGACCGGCGCCAGUUCGGGAAUCGGAGCGGAGAUCGCCAGGAAGCUGGUCUCCGCCGGUGUGGUGGUGGUUGCCCUGGCCCGUCGCCUCGACCGCCUGGAGCAACUGCGUCAGGAUCUCCCCGAGGAUCGGCGGUCCCAGCUGCACAUCCUCCAGUGCGACGUGACGGAUGUGGAAUCGGUGAACGGGGCCUUCGACGAGGUGCUCAGGGAUCUGGGCGCCGUGGACAUCCUGAUCAACAACGCCGGCAAGCUCUCCGGGGGGCAGCUGCUCACCAUGCCACUGGACACCGUGCAGCAGGUGCUCCAGACGAACGUGAUGGGCGUGGUCUACUGCACCCAGCGCGCCUUCCACUCGAUGCGGCAGCGCCACUCCGAUGGCCACGUGGUGCUCGUCAACAGCAUCGUGGGCCACUACAUCUUCAACCCGCUGCCCGGCAGCCAGCAGGAGCUCAACAUGUACCCGGCCACCAAGCACGCGGUCACCGCCCUCACCGAGCUCUUCCGCCAGGAGAUGCGCGAGUUCAAGACGAAGGUCAAGGUCACGAGCAUCAGUCCGGGAUUGGUGGACACGGAGCUGGUGCCUCUGGCCUACAAAAGGCUCCCAAUGCUGCAGGCGGAGGAUGUGGCCAAUGCCAUCCUGUAUGUCCUGGCCACGCCCCACGUCCAGGUGCACGAGCUGACCCUCAAGCCGAUGGGCGAACCCUUCUAGGAGGCCCUGCAUUGCUCCACUUUCCACUUUCGCCACCUGAAUAUUUCAGUGUAUUGUGCAAAGUCCCAGGAAACUUUUCCAGUGAAUAAUUUGUGGCACACGCAACACACAGAACUUAAACCUUCAGUUGGAAACCAAAUUUCAUUUGUUACUCCAUUUUACCAACUUACAGUUUCUUCAGCAAAAACGAAACAUUUUCAAUUUGUUACUGCAUUUUACCAACUAAAAAUUUGCUCGGCAGAAAACCUAUUUUUUUUAUUAUAUAUCUUUAAGUCAUAUUAGUUAUGAGCAUUAUUUACUGGAAUUAAAGUUUGCUUCAUCAUUUUCUUAUUUUGUUUUUGUUUUCAAUAUGCUAUUUGUAUUCAAUACAGUCCACUGAGAAUAUUAUUUCGUUAAAACACACAAUAAAAUAACAAAAUGAA